AAAAAAAAAUGUUAGUGACUUAUUGUUACAUUGUUACGCCAUUACCUCCCACAACUCCAACAAAGCUAAAACGAUCGCACCCAAAAUUGUUACUAGUUGUUUUGAGUCAAGAUGGCGAGCUCUCUGCAAAGAGUCUGGAGCCAUGGUCGCGCACUUGGCACAAAAAUGGGCACAUUCUCGAGACCAUUUUCUGCGUCAGCGGACGCAUUGGUGGAGGCAGAGGUGAAGCCCGGCGAGAUCGGAAUGGUCUCUGGAAUCCCCGACGAGCACCUUCGCAGGAGGGUGGUGAUUUACUCACCAGCCAGAACUGCUACUCAACAAGGAUCUGGAAAAAUUGGAAGGUGGAAAAUCAAUUUUAUGUCAACACAAAAGUGGGAAAAUCCACUGAUGGGUUGGACAUCAACAGGAGAUCCAUAUGCCAAUGUUGGUGAUUCUGCACUCAGUUUUGACAGUGAAGAAGAUGCGAAGGCAUUUGCUGAGCGACAUGGUUGGGAAUAUGUGGUUAAAAAGCGCCAUACACCAUUAUUGAAGUUCUAGGUUCCAAUUGCUGAUGAAGUCAUAGACUGCACAAUCUGAUGGAAGGUGAAGUCAUAUGCAGAUAAUUUCAAGUUUAAGGGUUUUCCAAAAUCUGAGGGCAAUUGAUUGUAUUUUUCAUCUACUUCGGUUCUACAAGAUUGAAGUUGUGCAAAAUGGUUUGUAGUUUUCUUCCCUGCAAAUUUUCUGCAUGCGGCAGCAGUAUACUCUUGAGAAAACAUUUGUGCCAAGUUAACUCUUUAUUGUAAUAAAGUGGACAUGUACCCUUUUUGCAAAUUUUCUUUGAAUACUGAGCUACAAUAAAUUAUGGGUAAAUAUAACUCGAUUCCUAAAUUAUAUCUAAGUAAACACUUAUUAAGUUCUA